ACAUAAUUUAAAGAUAUAUAAAUAGAAAAAGAAUUAUAUAUAUAUAUACAAAAUGGUGAUAUAUGGUGUUUAUAUUGUAUCUAAAUCUGGUGGUUUGAUCUUCAACCAUGAUCACAAUGUCCCAAAAAUUGAGGUUGAGAAAUCCUUUAACUUUCCACUCAAUAUUAAAUUAAAUUAUGAGAAUAAAAAGGUAGUGGUAGCUUUUGGACAGAAAGAUGGAAUACAUGUGGGACAUGUAUUAACAGCUGCAAAUGGAAUUGCAAUCACAGGACGUGAGCUUGAAGAUGGAAGAGACAUUCUAGAAAUGUUGGAGCAACCAGAAAAUUUCCCUAUAACAUUGAAAUUUAGUCGGGCAAAAAUGACGACAAACGAGAAGAUAUUUUUAGCUUCAAUGUUUUAUCCUCUUUUUGCAAUAGCAAGCCAACUGAGCCCAGAACCACGAAGUUCUGGGAUUGAGAUUCUUGAAGCGGAUACAUUUCGUUUAUAUUGUUACCAAACAUUGACGGGUAUUAAAUUCAUGAUAGUAGCAGAGCCAUCACAACCAGGCAUGGAAAUUUUUUUGAAGAGAGUAUAUGAUUUGUAUGCGGAUUAUGCAUUAAAAAAUCCAUUUUAUGCGCUGGAAAUGCCUAUUCGAUGUGAAUUAUUCGAAACUAAUUUACAAACAUUGUUGGAAACUGUAGAAAAAUCUGGAAUAAGCAAUGUUUAAUACUAAUUUACGUGUUAAUAAAUUAAUUUAAAAUAAUUAAAGUAGACAUAUAAG